AUGUCGACAACGUUUACUUCCAACGUUCCAUUCAACGAUGCGACCAAAGCAGACGUAGUCAUUCACACCUCCGACGAUGUGGACUUCUUUGUUUACAAGAACAUCAUGUCGCUCGCCUCUCCCGUCUUCAAAGACACGUUUGGACUCCCGCAGCCUUCUUCGCCCCCCUGUUCCCCGGACGGCGUUCCCAGUGUCACUAUUUCUGAGAGUAGCGCCAUUCUAAAGCCCUUGCUCCUCAUCUGCUACCCUCUUCCUUCACCUUCCAUUGACACUCUCAACGACGCCCAUCUUAUCCUGGAGGCAGCUACGAAGUACGACAUGACAUGUGUCACUCACUUUGUCAUGCACAGCCUCUUGGACGGACCCUUUCUGGUCGACGAACCCGUGGCGCUAUACUGCCUCGCGUGCCACUUCGGGCUCGAGGAACUGGCUAGGGGAGCAGCUUCUUCCAGCCUUCGCAUCAUCUCACUGGGGCGUCCCAGCCUCGAAGUCAGGGAGUUGCGCUUAAUCAGGGGGAGCGAAUAUGAUAGCCUGCUGCGCUAUCAUCUCACGUGCGGGAUAGCAGCUGCAUCUGUCGCGAACGGAGACUUGAGGUGGCUGAAGGGGUUUGAUAACUGUCAAAGACAUUGUUGUGGGAGAGCCUAUCGGACACAAGCAAGCGGGGUGGAUAAGGCGUUUGAUGCAUGGCUUCUCAGCAUGAUGGAGAGGAUCGCCGGCGAGCUGAAGGAAACUCCCGCCACGUCGACUAUCACCGACUCGAGACAGUUCGACGUUGCGUUGAAACAGGUAGCGACGGCAAAUUGUCAAUACUGCCUCGCAUUUUUUACUGGAGGUAAAAUCGCCAAGCUCAAAGACAUGUUUCGUCAGAAAGUCGAGGAUGAGGUGAAAAAGGGGUGUAUGGCCAAUCACGGAUAUCUUGAGCUGGAAAUAAAUGCUAGAGCGUCAUACUCGGUCAAGUUACCCCUAUACUGUCUGCUCAAUCCUCCCAUCAUGAGCUCUCCGCAUAUCGACAACGCACCCUUUGAUGCAACCGAUGCUGACAUCGUUCUUCGCACCUCUGAUAAUGUAGAUUUCCAUGUGUUCAAAGCAAUUCUGUCGCUGGCUUCUCCCGUGUUCAAAGACAUGUUCACCAUCCCUCAACCCCCCUCUUCAUCUGACGUUGUUUCCAUCUCCGAGAACAGCAUCAUCACAAGGAAGCUGCUGCUUUUCUGUUAUCCCGGCCCGAAUCCCCCUAUCUCUCAUGUAGAGGAGGCAUGUCUCCUCAUGAAAGCUGCCAACAAGUAUGACAUCGCGUUUGUAUCCGAGGCGGUGGAGGCGCAUAUCACUUCAUCACCCUUAUCGGGAGAAGAGGAUUUCAAACUGUAUUGUCUUGCCUGCCAUAACGGAUGGGAGUCCUUGGCACAAAUCGCUGCGCUUCGCACCCUGAACAUCCCCUCGUUUGGCGAUCCUACAGUCUUGCAUAACCCGGCUGAUCUGGAACUCAUAACAGCAGCAGCGUAUCAGAGGCUCCUGGUGUAUCAUGCAAAGUGCAGGGAAGUGGCCAAAAACGUGGGAUUGGGGCACCUAACCUGGGCUUCGGAGGCCAAAUGUUGGAUUCCACUAGUCUGCUGUGGAUCGACCACCCGGCGUGUCAUAAAGAAUUCAACCGAUGGUUCCCCAAUCCUGGGUUCAGUUAGCAUAUGGUGGAGUGACGCGAUAAAUUCUGUUGGAAAGGAGCUCUCCCAGAGGCCGGUUCUCACUACAGUCACAACAAGCAAUGAUUUUUCCCUCGCUAUUUUGCGCAGACAGUACAGCUGCCUGGAGUGCGAAGGUCAUAUCAAAGGAGGUGAGCUCCAGAAAACAGUUGCCGUCUUUGCCGAAGAAGUGAAGAGGGUUACAUCCGCGUAUAUAGUAUUCAAGGUCGUAGCUCGGAUUCCUGUGUUGUGGCACGAGAGGAAGCAAAACAAUCAAGUUGAGAAUGGGACCUACAUUAUCGAGUCCCUACUCAUCGGCUAUUUCGUGCUCGACCGACAUCGUCUGCGAAAGCGUGUUCGCGCAUCUGCAGAGCUGGGGAGUAAUCCUGUUAUUGCCAUUUGCGGUGCAUACUUGGGCAUAUUUCCAUCAGACGUAAUCCCCACUUUCAGCGAUGGGCUUAUCUCGCCAUAA